AUGUCUUCGAUCAUUUCUGAUGUCGAACUUAAAUCACAUAUUGAUCGAACCGUAGUCGACAAUGAUAUUUCGAAUGGAAGAUUGGCUGCGAAAAAACUUCGUUCUCGUACCUAUAAAAAUUUAAUAGUACUUUGUAUAGCGUUUCUUCUUCAGUUUACUGCAUUUGGUGCUAUUGGUAAUUUACAGAGUUCAUUAAAUACGGAAGCUAAUGUUGGUGUUAAUUCUUUAUCAAUCAUUUAUGCUUUUCUUAUUUUUUCAUCAAUAUUUUUACCACACCCAUUAAUAGCUUUAUUGGGUCUUAAGUGGACAAUUGUCGUGUCGCAAGUUCCUUAUCUUUUAUAUGUCGCAGCUAAUUAUUACCCCAAGGCAUAUCUUAUGUAUCCAGCUGCUGCUCUCGUUGGGUUGGGAGCGGCACCAUUGUGGACAUCGAAAUGUAGUUAUUUAACUGAUACAGGUACAAUUUAUGCCGAAACAAAAGGUGUCCAUAAAGAUGUUGUUGUCAAUCGAUUUUUCGGCAUUUUCUUUAUGUUUUUUCAAUCAAGUCAAAUUUGGGGAAAUUUAAUAUCAUAUCUCGUACUUAAACCAAUCGAAAAAGAAUAUAAUGAUACAUUGUAUGAAGUAGAAAAAUAUACUAAAUGUGGAGCUGAUUUUAGUGAAAAAGAAUAUAAAGGUGCAGAAGUUAUUAAUCAAAUUGAUCGAAAAACAGUUGAUAUUCUAUGUAUCGUUUAUAUUUGUAUAUGUGCGUGUUCAAUUUUAACCGUAGCUAUAUUUCUGAAUCAACGCCGAAAAUCAACGCGAGAUAAAAUCCCUGUUAUGCUUCGUGAUUCAUUUAAAUUACUCAUCUCAACGAUUAAACAUAUGCGAAAUGUAAAUCAAUUACUUCUUAUACCAUUAACAAUUUGGUCCGGAUUAGAACAAUCAUUUCUUGGAGCACAAUUUACAAAAGGUUUUGUAUCUUGUACAUUGAAUGCAAAAUAUGUUGGUCUUGUUUUGAUUGCCUAUGGUGUUUGUGAUUCUAUAGGAAGUUUUAGUUUUGGUCAACUGGUAAAAUAUGUGGGUCGUUGGCCAUGUUUUGUUAUUGCUGCACUCAUAAAUUAUUCAUUAAUUAUCACUAUGUUUACAUGGAAACCAUCAGAAGAUCAAAUCGCUGUCCUUUUUGUUUUAGCUGGCUUAUGGGGUUUAGCUGAUGCAGUUUGGCAAACGCAAAUUAAUGCAUUUUAUGGUGUUUUAUUUUCUAAUAAUGAUGAAGCUGCUUUUUCAAAUUAUCGUCUAUGGGAAUCUAUUGGUUUUGUUAUAUUUUAUAUUAUAACACCAUAUAUUCGUAUACGAAUAGCAUUGAUUAUUCUUCUAAUAUGUUUAACAUUGGGUAUGAUUGGCUAUGGUUUAACCGAAUAUUUGUGGAAAUUUAAAAAAAUCAAAAAAGUUCAAGUUGUACCAUCAUAA